UGGUGUCCUUUGCUGUACAAAAGCUUUUUAGUUUGAUGUAGUCCCAUUUGUUCAUUUUUGCUUUUGUUUCCCUUGCUCAGUACAGUUUUAAUUGGUUUAAAUAUCAGCAAGCCACAUGUAGCAAUGCAUAUGUAGUUCACAAGCAUCACACUGAGGGAUGUAGAUGGCAUUUGAUAAAGCUCACCAAAGUCAUAGCUUAUCUGUGUGGUGUGAGUAGAGACUUACCCUUGGGAAUCCGGGAAGGAAUUAGUGCCUGUAGGGCAGGAGGGUGGACCUCACUGCUGCAUCUGUGGGCAUAGGUCCUUUGUGAACUGCCCCUUGAGCUAUGUGUUCAGGAUUUGCUGACUCUUCUAUAUAAAUAUCAUGCUUCAAUAAAGAGCUUUGACGCUGAUGGACAGUGUCUGUAGUGGGGUGUGUGUGGGGGACUUAGUGAGGGGGGAGCCUUCAUGUAAUUGUAGAUUAAUGAUAGCAAAAAUAAAAAAAUAAAAAAAUAAAAAAUAAAGAGCUUUGAAGUACAGGAAAGAUGGAGAGCUACCAUGGCUUUUUUUUUUUUAAUUAAGGUAUCAUUGAUGCAGUCUUAUGAGGGUUCACAUGAGCAACAUUGUGGUUUCAACAUUCGCCCAUUCAGCUCCCCCACCCCACUGCAGUCACUGUCCAUUGGUAUAGUAAGAUGCUAUAGAGCCAUUACUUAUCUUCUCCAUGCUAUACUGUGCUAUGGCUUUGUUUUAAUUAGUGUCCAGUGUGUAUUAUAUUCAGCCUUUCUGUGUUAUUCUAGGUUACACAGGUGCUUUUUUUGUAUCUAAUUGGAAAGUCUUGUGCUUCUAGUAGGAGAAUUUCAUCCUCUGCUUAUUUGCCAUUAUCCAUCCACUGGACUUGUUUACACUAGUUUUGUACUUUUUUUUUUUACUUUCUGUAUUCUGUCUUUGCUCUCUGUUCUUUCUGUUGGCUUUUUUUUUAAAUUCCUUUUUCUCCUUAACUCUUAAUAUGUCUUUAUUCUCUUAUAUGAAGUGAAUGUAUAUCUCUGUCCUCCUGAACUAGACGGCUUGGGUGCCAGGAGCAGGGCGGGGCAGGUGACUGAGGCAUCCUGCGUUGUGUGUACAGUGAUGGCAGGGCAGCCCCAGUACACAAGUGACUAGCUCCUGCCUACCACCCCUAGGAAGCCCAGGUACCAGGCAAUGGCAGCUUUGCACCAGUCUCCCCUGCACCAGGCCAAGGUGACCUUCGAGGAUGUAGUUGUACUCUUCUCCCAGGAGGAGUGGAGCCAUCUGGGCACUGUUCAGAGGGGCCUCUACAGGGAUGUGAUGCUGGAGACCUACAGGAGCCUGGUCUCCCUGGGAGCUGAAUGUGCAGGUGCCAAGCCUGGGGUGAUCACACAGCUGGAGCGAGGGGAUGAGCCGUGGGUCCUGGAUAUGCAGGGCGUUGAGGGGAGAGAGCGACUGAUAGUCAAUGGCUCAGCUCAUGGGACCAGGACUGAAUAUAAGGAGUUGACAUCAAGGGAGAUGCUUGAUGGGGAAGAACUGGAUCAAGUCAGGGGAACUAUUCCCCAAGGACCUGAGGCAGGAGAAGCCCAUGAGCAUGUCAGGGAGCCAGAGGAGAGCCUGGACAAACCUGUGGAGCAGAGAGAUUCCAGGCCAGUCACAUUGACUAAUGAGGAGAGAAGCCAGGAAUCUGGAGGAAGUCUCAGGCUGGGGUCAAGCCCCAUCCCUGAUCAGAGACCCCACAGAUGUGAUAUAUGUGAGCAGAGUUUUGAGCAGAGAUCUUACCUCAAUAACCAUAUGCGUGUACACAGGUCAAAAAAAACAAAUAUAGUUCAUGAUUCUGGGGAAAUCUUUAGGGCAAAUUUAGUUAUUAAGGAAGAUCAGAAAAUUCCUACUGGGAAGAUACUGCAUUAUUGUGGUUACUGCGGGAAAGCCUUCAGGUACAGUGCUAACCUUGUCAAGCACCAGAGGCUUCACAGUGAAGAGAAGCCCUAUAAGUGUGAUGAGUGUGGAAAAGCCUUCAGCCAGAGCUGUGAGUUCAUCAAUCACCGAAGGAUGCACUCAGGGGAGAUCCCCUACCGGUGUGAUGAGUGUGGGAAGACAUUCAACCAGAGGCCCAACCUCAUGAAGCAUCAGAGGAUCCACACUGGGGAGAAGCCAUAUAAGUGUGGCGAAUGUGGAAAACACUUCAGUGCCUACUCUUCCCUUAUUUAUCACCAGAGAAUCCACACUGGAGAGAAACCCUAUAAGUGUAAUGACUGUGGGAAAGCCUUCAGUGAUGGCUCAAUCCUUAUUCGACAUCGUCGGACUCACACUGGGGAGAAGCCUUUUGAGUGUAAAGAAUGUGGCAAAGGCUUUACCCAAAGUUCUAACCUUAUCCAACAUCAAAGAAUUCACACUGGAGAGAAACCCUAUAAAUGUAAUGAAUGUGAGAAAGCCUUCAUCCAGAAAACCAAACUUGUUGAACAUCAGAGAAGCCACACUGGAGAGAAACCCUAUGAAUGUAAUGACUGUGGCAAAGUCUUCAGCCAGAGCACACACCUCAUCCAGCAUCAGAGGAUCCACACAGGAGAGAAGCCCUACAAGUGCAGUGAGUGUGGGAAGGCCUUCCACAACAGUUCCAGACUCAUCCACCACCAAAGGUCACACCAUGGAGAGAAACCGUACCAGUGCAGUGAUUGCAAGAAAGCCUUUAGCCAGGGCACUUACCUCAUCCAGCACCGGAGGAUCCACACAGGGGAGAAGCCCUACAAAUGCAGUAAGUGUGGGAAGGCCUUCAGGCACAGUUCCAACAUGUGCCAGCAUCAGAGGAUUCACCUCCGAGAAGACUUCUCAAGGUGACAGUGGAGGAGGGCCCAUGAAUUCUGUGCACUUCCUUCACAUGACCCACCCCAUUCCUUUAUUUGUUAUCCACACAGUGUUUUUACAGUUGAAAGGGCAACUUCUAAUUAAAAAACCUCUUAAACCAAAAGCAGUGCAUGUUUCUUUAAGAGAAAUUGAGAGAGAAAGUUAAAAAGGAGAAGCUCCCGUAAUCAUCUUCCACUUUGAAAAAGAGAAUUCGUCACUGCUGAUUUAGUAUAAGUUUUUGCUUUCAGACACUAAAGAGCAUUUUUAAAAGAAAAUUCUGCUAUGCUCCUCAAACACCUAGGAUCUUCAUUUUUGCUGUUUCCUCAAUACCAGAAAAUUCAUACAGGAAAAAAUUCUACAUAUUUACAUAUUUUUAUGUAUUAUAAGUCUAAAAAAAUUAACAUUCAUACUUUUCUGUGUCAAUAGAGUUGAUAAUUACCUUUUUGUUGUGGUAAAAUACAAAAUUUACCAUUUUAACCAUUUUUAAGUGCACAGUUGAGUAGCAUUGAAUAUAUUCACAGUGUUGUGUAACCACCAUCACUAUUUCCAGAACUAUUUUAUUAUCCCAAAUAGAAACUCUACCCAUUAAGCAAUAAUUUUCCAUUUUCUUUCUCUUCUAGUAGCCGGCAACUUUUAUUUUCUGUUUCUAUGAAUUUGCCUAGUCUAGUACCUCACAUAAGUGGAGUAAUAUAUAUAUUUUUGCCGUUUAUGUCUGCCUUAUUUCACUUAGCAUAAUGUCCUCAAGGUUCAUCCAUGUUGUAGCCAGUAUCAGAAUUUCAUUUUUAUGGGUGGAAUAAUACAUCGUUUGUAGAUAACAUUUUUUCAUUCUCCUGUUGAUGGAUGUCGCGUGCCCCGUCCUCGCCGGCAAGAACAGCAC